AUGGUUGAUUUAAAAUUUUAUGAAAAAUUUAAUACUCUUCUGAGUGAAAAAAAUUCGAAUAAUGUAUUUUUAAGCAAAGUAAAAUAUAACCAAGUAUUAACAGAAGUCAAACGGUUAAAAAGUGGAGCAAAAUUAAAACCAAAUGAUUAUAAAUUAUUGAAGCGCUAUGAUAUAAUGAAUGUAAGUAAUAUUGAUAAAUUAAUUGUUCCGGUAACUGAUCCAAAUACUAUCAAAUAUUAUGUUUAUAAUGAAGAGUUGUAUAACAUAAUUCAUGACGUCCAUUUGCAAACUGGACAUGGAGGUAGAAACCGGAUGGAACAUGAACUGAACGCAAAAUAUAAAAACAUUACUAGGGAAUGUUUAAUGAUAUAUUUAAAUCUAUGUGAAUUGUGUCAGAGAAAAGGUAAAACUGUGAAAAAAGGGCUAGUUGUUAAACCAAUAAUUUCUUCAGAAAUGAAUUCUCGUUGUCAAGUAGAUUUGAUUGACAUGCAAGCUCAACCUGAUGGAAAUUAUCGAUUUAUUUUAGUUUACCAAGAUCACUUAACGAAGUAUGUUUUACUUAAACCAUUAACACACAAACGUGCAGAGGAAGUUGCCUAUAUAUUACUUGAUAUUUUUACUACAUUUGGAGCUCCGUGUAUCUUACAAAGUGAUAAUGGUAGAGAAUUUGUUAACAAGGUUAUUGAAGAGUUAUGUAGUAUGUGGGAAGAACUGAAAAUCGUACAUGGAAAGCCACGGCAUUCACAAAGCCAGGGCUCCGUUGAAAGGGCUAACCAGGACGUAGAAAAUAUGCUUGCCACCUGGUUAACAGAUAACAAAACUAAUAAAUGGAGCGAGGGACUUAAAUUCGUUCAGUUUAUGAAAAAUAGAAGUUUACAUCACGGAAUUAAGUGUUCUCCUUAUGAGGCUAUGUUUGGUACACGUGCAAAAAUAGGCCUGAAAUCUACUUCUCUACCAGAAAGUAUCAUACAUAAACUCAAAUCUGAUGAAGAUUUAGAAACUGCACUGAAUUCUAUAAAUACCACAUAUGAAAUAAAUGCUGAGAAACACAUUGAAAAAAAAUCUAUUGAUACGUCUUCUGAAGAAAAUAUUGAUAUUGACGAAGAACCAGCUGAUAUUAUACAAUCAAGAAAGGAAACGAUAGAAAAAAAAGAAGAGAAUCGUUGCAUAAUUUGA